AUGUCGACUACACCGUGGGACUAUAUCGCAAAACUCGUCUGCAUCGGCGACUCAGGAUGCGGCAAGUCCAGUCUUACCAUUCGCCUCUGUGAAGGUCGCUUUUCGCCUCAUCACGACGUCACUAUUGGCGUUGAAUUCGGUUCUCGAAUCGUCCCUGUUGGCCCUCCCCACUCGAAACCCGGCGCCCUCGCUUCCUCAGAUCCCGAAAAUAAAGACCAAGAGACCUCUGAUGGUCUCCCCGAACCUCCUCGAGAUGACUCCAACACGCCCCAGAAGCAUAUGAAGCUUAGUCUCUGGGACACAGCUGGCCAGGAGACCUACAAGUCUGUCACCCGCUCUUACUUCCGCGGCGCAAGCGGUGCCUUGCUUGUCUUCGACCUGUCCCGCAAGCAGACAUUUCAGCACGUCACCGACUGGCUCAACGAUCUACGACAGAUAGCUGAGCCCGACAUCGUGGUAAUCCUCGUGGGCAACAAGGCCGAUCUGACACAGCAGGAAGACAACAAGCGGGAGGUCACCCGUGAGGAGGCAGAGGAGUGGGCCCGGCGCAACGGGAUUAUGGAAUACGUUGAGACAAGCGCCAAGAGCGGUGAGAACGUCGAGAAGGCUUUUAUGCGUGUCUCAGAGAGGAUAUACAACAAUAUUCAGGCGGGCAAAUAUGAUCUCAAUGACAGGAGAUCCGGUGUCAAGGGUGCAGGGGCUGGUGGAAACCGCCAGGUCAAGCUAUCGGGCGAUGCCAGCAAGUCAACGGGAGGUGGCUGCUGUUGA